GGAUCCGCGCGGUGUUUCAAAUCCUCUGGAUGGGUGAGGAGCAGCUGUGCUCGGCGUCUGGUGAGCGUUGGGCGCUGUUGGGGUCUGCUGGGCAGAACAGACUCUCGGCCGGGCAGAUGGCUUCUCGGUGGCCGGCCGUGGGGGCCUCCAUGCGUCGGAGGUCCCUACAGAACCAGGGGCAGCUGGAGGAGAGCGAGGCCCUACAGCCUGCAGUUGGCCACCCAGACACCUCCAGCGGGGCCCUGGACUCCCUGUGCAGACAGUUCCAAAGGAGGCUGCCCCUGAGAGCAGUCAGCCUCAACCUCAGGGCGGGCCCCUCCUGGAAGCCCCUGGAAACCCCACAGCCAGGACAGCAGGGCCUCCAGGCUGCAGCUCGCUCAGCUAAGAACGCCUUGGGUGCCGUGUCCCAGAGAAUCCAGGAGUCCUGCCAGAGUGGCACCAAGUGGCUGGUGGAAACCCAGGUGAAAGCCAGGAGGAGGAAGAGGGGGGCACAGAAGGGCAGUGGCCCCCCAGCUCGCAGCCCGAGCCACAGGAGCACCCGGCUAUCAGUGGCCGCCCCUGCCCGCUCAACCCUGGACCCCCGGGAGAGGGCGAAUCGCCGCCUCUCCACCCAGAUGGGCCCGCAUGCCCACCCUCGGCGGCGGUCCAGGAGGGAGGCUGCCUUCCGGAGCCCCUACUCCUCAGCAGAGCCUCUCUGCUCCCCCAGCGAGUCUGACAGUGACCUAGAGCCCGUGGGGGCAGGAAUCCAGCAUCUCCAGAAGCUGUCCCAAGAGCUGGAUGAGGCCAUCAUAGCCGAGGAGAGUGGCGACAUGACUGUUUCUCUCAUUCAUGACUGAGGACAGCAUCCUUCAGGUAAUGCCCUCCUCCUACGCAUCUUUCUCUGUGUCUUCCCCCUCCCCCACCUCCUCCUCUUGCACGAGCCCGUAGACAUACUUGGAGGCAUGUUAAAGAACUGAGUCUUUUCUGGAAAAAGCCACAGAGCCGAUGGGCCCCACAGAGCAGGAAGGUGCGAGUCUUCUGAGCUGCUCAGAGCCGGAGCUCCUGACCUCACUGGGCCCAUCACUGAUGGAGCAGAGCAUACUGGGGCCCCAGGCAGCCGCAGCCACCUUCUAGCACCUCAUUUCGGGGGGGCAGUCCAUGGUGUCCCCACCUCCCCUGGCUUCAGCACUGUGAGGGGCAUGAAGGGAGCUCUGUCUUGCAGGAAGCAAGCCAUAGCUGACCACCAUGCCCUCACACCCAGGGUCCGCGCGUCCCGGGAGUUCCUGGAGGACCCAGGAGCUGGCAGUGCCCCUGGGCCGCGGCAAACAGGGACCGGACUAACAAGGGCCCAGGUGGAGGCUGCUGGGGGUCUCUGCCCUUCUGCUCCAGCCACUUCCCCGCCCGCCAGUGACCACUUGCCGCAGUCUGCGAGUGACUCGGGGAGACCUCGGAGAGACGGGGGGACUGCUCAUUCUACUCCCCUUUGGGGCUUAGAAACUCAUCCCACACGUGAGCUUUACAGUUGCUUCACUUGUAAAGUGCAGUGCAAGCACAAGGUAAUAUCUGAGAGCUCUGAGCUGCGUACCCAGGAGUAGGGUCUGCAAAGAGUCAUCUCCUGUGUCACCAGCGCAGGGGCUCUUGGGAACCCAGAUUCUAGCCCUGUUGCCCACAGCAGAGCCCCGGAAGAAGGGAUGGGAGAGAGUUCCAGGCCCCAAGACCCUGAGUCCACAGACACCUACUUACAUUCUCAGCACAGGGCACCCACCGUGGGAGUACAGGGAGAGGUAGCCCUGUUCAAUAGCAAUCUCUGCCCUUUGUAAAUUAUUUAAGAAAUCUGCUUUGUCAUUUUAUUCGAAAGAAACCAGUGUAGGAGUUUCCUAGACAACACUGCUUUUUCAUAAUAAAGACUCUCUGUAUCUGA